AUGGUUGUGGGUAGGGACGACUUCGUUUCAAAUUCGGCCACAAAGUUUCACCAGUGGCUUCGAAAACAAAGCGUAACGGUCAAAUCAAUUAAUCGAGCUGACAGCGUCUCAUUGGAGGAUUGCCUUCGAUACUCAUUAGUUGUGUGGAUCGAAUCACACCAGUACUAUCGAUGUGGUAAGGCUUUACUCAAAGGACCUUUCCUAGAAGGGAAUCCCUGCAACUUGACAAGAAUCUGGUUCGUGGUUCAUUGUACUUCCUCUGGAGAAGUCUUCCUUCGCAUAUCACCUGAAACAGUUCGUUUAUUCCCAUUAGAAUCCGAACAAAUUCGAGCUUCUGCUACAGAACCACGCUGGGUUUACUGUUUACCGAAGUAG